AUGACGCAAGGCAGCCGAAAUGCCGAGGUUUCGAGAGCCGAACGUGCUCUUCAUGACCAAUACAACCUCCUCCCUCGGUCCCAGCUAGUGUCCUGCUUAGGAAUACUCUCCUUCUGUAUGCUGAUCAGUUUCAUCGACCAGAACGGAAUUAGCAUUACUCAGCCCACGAUCGCCAAAGAUCUCGAUGCGUCGGCAACAAUCUCUUGGGCGGGCACUUCGUCGUUAAUCGCGAAUACCACCUUCCAAAUGCUAUAUGGUCGUCUAUCCGACAUCUUUGGACGAAAGGCAGUGUUUCUUGGGGCCGUUGCCUUGCUAGCCAUUGCAGACCUGAUAUGUGGUCUGUCAAAAAGUCCUGCCAUGUUCUACGUCUUUCGGGGUGUGUCUGGCAUCGGGAGCGGCGGCAUCGCCAACAUCGCCAUGAUCAUCGUCAGCGACGUCGUCACUCUUGAGGAAAGAGGCAAAUAUCAAGGGAUCUUUGGCACCAUGGUAGGUCUAGGAAACCUGAUAGGACCAUUUCUUGCCGCUGCUUUUAUUAAGCGUUCAACUUGGAGAGCCUUCUUUUACAUGCUGGCACCCCUUGGUGCCAUUGCAGGGGUGGUUUCAUAUUUGUUUCUGCCAAACAAGCCACCUACAGCGACCCUUAAGGAGAGUGCAGCGAGGAUUGACUAUGGAGGUUCCUUUACAAUAUCACUAGGGAUCAUACUUCUACUCAUCCCGAUAUCUGGAGGCGGUGCCUACUUUGACUGGAACUCGCCAAUGGUGAUAAGCAUGCUUGCAAUUGGAUCCUUUUCUUGUCUUCUAUUUCUGGUCAUAGAAUGGAAGAUUGCCAAGCUACCAAUGAUGCCUGUGACAAUAUUCGCCAACAAGGAGGUUGUGAUCUUAUUGAUCCACUCCUUUCUCUUCGGCGCCGUGUAUCAGUCGUGCAUUUACUAUCUCCCCCUCUACCUACUAAACGCACGGCAAUUUGAAGUCCUCGAGGCGGCAGCAAUAUCAACUGCCUUGUUCACCUUUCAAGCUGUAUUUUCCACACUUAGUGGUCUAUACAUAUCUCAUUUCAAUCGAUAUGGCGAGGUGAUCUGGUUUGGGUUCGCCACAUGGACACUUGGAGCUGGUCUUUGUCUGACCUUUGACCGCAAUACAUCACCCGGAGCCAUAAUUGGGCCUUUGAUGGUGAUUGGCGUCGGAGUGGGUUGCAUCUUCCAACCGACGUUGGUGGCGCUCCAAGCCCAUUCACCCAAAUCUCGACGAGCUGUCAUUAUAUCGAACCGUAAUUUCUUUCGAUGCUGUGGUGGUGCUGUUGGGCUAGCAAUCUCAGCAGCUAUUCUCCAAGCAGCUCUUCGAUCCAAGUUACCAGCAGAAUACGCGUACCUGGCAGACAGCACGUAUGCGCUCCCGACCGACCUGGAGCAAGGGCCCCUUACAGAAAGAGUGUAUGAUGCUUAUAUGCAUGCGAGCCACUCUGUGUUCUUGAUGCAGUUUCCAAUGAUAGGGGUAUCCUUGAUUGGUUGCUUAUUUAUCAAGGAUCAGGGCUUGGAAGGAAGAGAAGAGACUAGCACUAGCGAGGAGGAGCCUCAAGGGACGAUUCCCGUAGCACACGCAGCAUGA